CUCUAUGGUGGCUUCCUUUGUGCCACGUCUUGGCGCAGGCGCAUUGGUGGAGCUGCUGCUGCUACACCUGCUGACGCGAGUUGACGGGGUCCCAGAGAACAGUCGCGGCCUAAGGAGUCCUCCGAGGGAGAGGCAGGCAACAGAAGAUGAACUUCUUGCGGGGUGUCAUGGGCGCCCAGAGCGGUGGGCCUCAGCCUUCCGGUGCCGAGACGAUACAGAAAUUAUGUGAUAGAGUAGCAUCUUCAACCUUACUUGAUGAUCGCAGGGAUGCUGUACGUGCACUAAAAUCUCUUUCAAAGAAAUACCGCCUGGAAGUGGGGAUUCAAGCUAUGCCUCAUCUUAUCCAUGUUCUUCAGACAGAUCGUUCAGAUUCUGAAAUAAUUGGCUAUGCUUUGGAUACCCUUUACAAUAUCAUGUCCAAUGAUUUGGAAGAAGAAGAACAAGAAGAAAAUUCACAAAAACAAGUUGAAGAUCUUGGAAGUCAAUUUACAGAAAUUUUCAUUAAGCAGCAAGAAAAUGUCACUCUAUUGUUGACCUACUUGGAGGAGUUUGAUUUUCAUGUCCGGUGGCCUGGAGUGAAGCUUCUUACAGUGUUAUUAAAACAGCAGGGACCCCAUGUGCAGCAGAUAAUACUAGUCAGCCCCAUGGGUGUCUCAAGGCUGAUGGACCUACUAGCAGAUUCUAGAGAGGUCAUACGGAAUGAUGGUGUCUUGUUACUUCAGCAGCUAACAAAAAGUAAUGCAGCCAUCCAGAAAAUUGUUGCUUUUGAAAAUGCCUUUGAGAGAUUGUUGGAUAUCAUAACAGAUGAGGGAAAUAGUGAUGGAGGCAUAGUUGUGGAAGACUGUCUUCUCUUACUGCAAAAUUUGUUGAAGAACAACAAUUCAAAUCAGAAUUUUUUUAAGGAAGGUUCCUAUAUUCAGCGUAUGAAGCCAUGGUUUGAAGUUGGUGAUGACAAUGCUGGGUGGUCAGCACAGAAAGUAACCAAUCUUCAUCUGAUGCUCCAGCUGGUCCGAGUGCUAGUGUCCCCCACAAAUCCCCCUGGUGCCACUAGCAGUUGUCAGAAAGCCAUGUUUCAUUGUGGGUUGCUGCAGCAGCUUUGUACAAUCCUGAUGGCAACUGGGGUUCCUGCUGAUAUUCUUACUGAGACCAUUAACACUGUGUCAGAGGUCAUUCGAGGAUGUCAAAUGAAUCAAGACUACUUUGCUUCAGUAAAUGCACCUUCAAAUCCACCAAGGCCUGCAAUUGUGGUACUACUUAUGUCAAUGGUAAAUGAAAGACAACCAUUUGUGCUGCGUUGUGCUGUCCUUUACUGUUUCCAGUGCUUCUUAUACAAGAACGAAAAGGGGCAAGGAGAAAUUGUGUCAACACUUCUACCUUCAACCAUUGAUGCUACUGGAAAUUCUGUCUCAGCUGGCCAGCUGCUUUGCGGAGGACUCUUUUCUACAGACUCUCUUUCAAACUGGUGUGCGGCUGUGGCACUGGCCCAUGCUUUACAAGAAAAUGCCACUCUGAAAGAACAGCUGCUCAGAGUGCAGCUUGCAACAAGUAUCGGUAACCCUCCAGUGUCUUUACUUCAGCAGUGCACCAACAUUCUGUCUCAGGGUGAUAAGAUCGACAGACGGGGAAGCAAAGUGCAGACAAGAGUUGGAUUAUUAAUGCUGCUUUGUACCUGGCUAAGCAACUGCCCUAUUGCUGUCACACAUUUUCUCCACAAUCCAGCCAAUGUUCCAUUUUUGACAGGACAGAUAGCAGAAAACCUUGGAGAAGAAGAGCACUUAGUCCAAGGGUUGUGCGCUCUCUUACUAGGAAUUUCUAUUUAUUACAACGACAACUCGCUCGAGAAUUAUAAGAAGGAGAAAUUAAAGCAGCUGAUAGAAAAGAGGAUUGGCAAGGAAAACUUUAUUGAGAAAUUGGGAUUCAUUAGCAAACAUGAAUUCUAUUCCCGAGCAGCUCAGAAACCUCAGCCAAGCUUUUCUAGCCCGGACCAUAUGAUGUUUGAUCAUGAAUUUACUAAAUUGGUAAAAGAGCUGGAAGGCAUUCUAACAAAGGCAGUUUAUAAGUCUAGUGAAGAAGAUAAACAGGAAGAGGAAGUGAAGAAGUCGUUAGAACAACAUGACAGCAUAGUGACACACUAUAAAAAUGUCAUUAGAGUUCAGGAUCAGGAGCUUGAAGAAUUGAAAAAACAAGUAGAAUCUUUAAAAGUUCAAAAUGAGCAAUUGCAGACAGCAGUCUCACAGCAAGUGUCACAGAUCCAGCAACAUAAGGACCAAUAUAAUCUUCUUAAAGUACAGCUAGGGAAAGACAAUCAGCAUCAUAGCUCCCACAGCGAUGUGGCUCAAAUGAAUGGUGUUCAGCCAAAAGAAAUCAGCAAGCUGCAUGAGGAAGUAGAAGAGUGGAAGCACAAGCUUCAGCUGUUACAGGAACAGCUGAGGGAAAAGGAUUCUUUGAUUGAAACUUUGAAACUUUCACCAACAGCAGCAGGAGGAACAGAGCAGUCUUCACAAACAAACAAAUCAAGUGGUCCUGAGGUUGAUAGUGAACUAUAUAAAGAAGUUGAAACCUUGAGGACCCAAAUCCAGGCACAGUCUGCAGACGUUAUUAAACUUCAGAGUGAAAAGCAAGAACUCCUUCAAAAACUGAGCAUAACCCCAGUUCCUGUAUCAGGAGACGAUGGCACUGUUAUGGUAGCAAAAACAGCGUGCUUGGAAGGAAGGCUCUUGACACUCUUGCAGGGAACUAAAGAGUUAAAGAAUGAAAUUGCAGCUCUCAGUGAGGAAAAGGCGUCACUGAAACAGCAGCUGGACUCAUCCAAUAGUACUGUGGCUAUUUUGCAAAAUGAGAAAACUAAAUUGCAGCAAGAAGUUGCAGAAUCUAAAAAAGAGCAGGAUGAUCUUCUGGUUCUUCUGGCUGAUCAGGAUCAGAAAAUAAUUGCAUUAAAGAAUAAGCUCAAGGAACUUGGAGAACCGGUGGAAGAUGAGGAUGAUACUGAAUCUGGUGACCAAGGCGAGGAAGAUGAAGAGGACGAUGGGGAAGAAGAGGAGGAAGAAGAUGAUUAAGCUUUAUUGUGUCAAAUAUGGGAAUCUUGUAUUGAGUUGUAAGAAUAAAUAUUGAUGGCCUUGUGAUGCAAAAUGCCUGGUUAAAAAAGCAGAAGGGUCACUAGAACUAGUCCUGAGUUUCUGAUGUGAAGUUGAGCAAUGCUUUAGCUGAACCAGAAGUCUAUUAUUUUAAGUUUUACAUGCACAUCCAAACUGAAUUGUUAACACAUUAGAAGCAGUGUUAGAUGCUGUCAGAAGCAUUGAAGGUAACAGUGUGAUGAAGUAAGUGUGUUGCCAUUUGCCUAUGUUCAGUGUGUGUCAUUACUUAACUUACCUUUUUUGGAUCUUCAGCGUAAUUAAAUAUGGUAUGUAUAUGGUUUAACAUCUGUUUAAUGAAAUCAUUACUUCCUGUAUUCAGCAUGGAGAGAACUCGUGGACUUUUUCUUGCUACUUUUUUUUAAUUGAAGUGGAUGGGUUGGGCAUGUUAAAUGGUUUUUGCCUUUUGGCUUACUGCUCAGUGGAUUUCUGAUUGAGAGGAACUGUACAGCAUUGAGUGCCUUGCACCUGAAAUGGCUGCAUUCUGUACCUCAGAAGAAAAAGAGAAGCUGGAACAACAUGGAGGAAUUUCCAUAGAUGAACAACGGUUGGUAGCAUAUUAAAGCAUUUUGUUUUAGCAAAAAUCUCAUACAAAGGUUUUAAAAUGCUACCAGAUUAUCACUUUAAAAACAACCAUUUGUUCUAUUAUUAAAACCACAUACUGAUUGAUUAUAAUUUAUUGACUUUUAUCCCCAACAUAUAAGAUUUUUAAAAAGAGAAAUGCAGUUGCUGCAUCAACUUGCCUUUUUGGUAACAAAAAUAGAUGAUAUAACUAUUUAGUAUUAUUUACUUGGUUCACUUUUGACUGCUUUUAAUCAUGUUUCUUGAAUGCUGCUUUAUUUGGAAUAGUCUUAAAUUUAUUUUUUAAAAGUUUGUUAAAAUGCUAUCAAAAUAGCAUCUAUCAGGGAAACAUGGCAAUUGGUAAAGUUGUUCGCAAAAUUUGUAGAGUUGUUUCUGUUCAUUCCAAUGAUUGACUCAGCUUACAGACUACUUAACUCUCAAGUAGAAUUUGGGCCAGUUUGUAUUUUUAGAUAAUUCUAUUUUGUACUUACAAGUUUGUCAAGAUACAGGUAACGUACGCUGAGUUGCAGCAAAAUAAAUUGGAAUGCUACCUCGA